GUCAUAUGUUGACUAAUGUUGUUGAUGGAACCGAAAGCCUGACAAAUAUCUACAAAGUCAAAGACACGAAAGGAAAGUUAGUCACAUAGGUCCUCUGUUUUUAUCGGGACUGAUUACUUCCGUCUACAAUGUCUUAAUAUAUCUGCGUAUUGUUGGAUACAGCACACGUGUUGGUGAUUUAUUUAUUCUGAGAAGCUAAUGCAGCUAGCUUAUCUGCUAACCUGGACAGUUGACAUCUCACUGUUGGCUUCACAUUAGCUAACACAGUCAACAGAGGAGCUGACUUAAAGAGCUCCAGAUGCGGCUGAAAGACCCCUUUUCUUUGAAAGCCGCCGACAUGACUAAGCGGACUAAUAAGCCGAGGAAACCUCGAGAUGAGGAUUCAUCUGAUGAAGUCAGCGGACUGACAUGCCAGCAUGUGAGCAAAGCGGUUGACCUGAGCUCCGUGAAGAAGUCGGUCCUCUCGAGUGUGUGGUUGGUGUGCUCUGAGUGCCUGAAAGAGAGGACGAUGAUUGAUGGAGAACCAGCAGCUUCCCACGAUGUCCUGGUGUGUUUAAAGUGUGGUUUCCAGGGCUGUAACCAGUCAGGGAUCCAGCACGCCGUCAAGCAUCACCAGGCUUUCCACCCGGAGUCACACUGCAUCACUAUCAGCUUGAGCACGUGGAAGGCCUGGUGUUUUGAAUGCAAUGAGGAGCUCUCCACCCACUGCAACAAGAAGGCUUUGGCUCAGACCCUGGAUUUUCUACAAAAGCACUCCGUCAAGGCAACAUCAGCAGCAUCGCCUAAGAUCAUCAAACUGCGGGAAGAGCCAUCCGAUUACUGUGACCCGCCCCGAGGCAAGAGUCAAGGCCUGAACAGCACUCUGGUCCCUGUUAAAGGAAUCAAUAACCUUGGUAACACCUGCUUCUUCAACGCUGUCAUGCAGAACCUGUCCCAGACCCACAUGCUCAUUGACCUCAUCCAGGAGGUGAAGGAGAAGGGCUACAAGCUGAAGAUCUGCCCCCCUGCUGAGACCAAUCUGGCUGCUUUGACGGUGGCGCUGCCCAGCCCGGAACCUCUGACUGCAGCCAUGUUUGCCUUCCUCCAGAAUAUGAAAGAAGCGGGGAAAGGCCCCAUCAAUCCCAAAAUCCUCUUCAACCAGCUCUGCCAGAAAGCUCCGCGGUUCAAGGGCUACCAACAGCAAGACAGCCAGGAGCUUCUCCACUACCUCCUGGACUCCAUACGCGUGGAGGAGACAAAAAGGGUCAAAGCGGGCAUUCUGAAGGCCUUCAAUAAUCCCACCGAGAAGACAGCAGAUGAGGAGACCAAACGCCAAGUCAAAGCUUAUGGAAAGGAAGGCGUGAAGAUGAACUUUGUUGACUGCAUCUUCGUGGGCGAGCUGACCAACACAAUUAUGUGUGAGGAGUGCGAGCAUAUCUCCACUGUAAAGGAAGCCUUCAUCGACAUCUCUUUGCCCAUUAUAGAGGAGAGGACUUCAAAACCUUCCAACCCUGCGAGGCUGGGGAAGGUCUGCCGGGAGCAGGAUGCUCACAACGAGCAGGCUCUUUCUGCUGUCAACAGAAACACCAGGAAGCUGAGCGGCCAGAAGCAGCAGAGCAGGAGGUCGUCCAGUUCCGUGGAGGAGAAAGGAGCAGGCUGUGGCGUGGAGCGGCCGGACGAGGAGGCGGUAGCCGGCGGAUCGGCCCGUGGCGUCUCGGUGUGCAAGAUGGCGGCCGCCGGCAGCCUGUCCGACGGCAGCGAGAGAGACUCGGCGGCUCAGGACAGCAGCAACGACGCAGACAGCGAGGCCUCCGAGAGCGAGUGGGCGCCACGCACCUCCUCCUCCAGCCACAGCCACGGGCACGCCUCCACGCCGUCCUCCACCUCCACCCUCACCCCGUCCCCGACGCCCGCCUCGGCCUCCUCCCCAUCGCCCUCCUCGUCCUCCUCCGCCAGGCAAGGCGGCGCCGUGGAGCAGCUGGUGACGGCGGUUUACAAAGUCAACCUGGGCUUCACUUCGGGGGACAGCUCGGCCUCCGCGCACUGUCUCCCCGAGGAUCAGGGAGACGCGCACGCCAGAGAUAACCUCCACCAUCAGCACCACCAGGGAGCCUUCCAGGCGCUGUCGCACAGCUACACGCCCAGCUCCAAAGAGUGCUCCAUCCAGUCCUGCCUGCACCAGUUCACCUCCGUGGAGCUGCUGAUGGGCAACAACAAGCUGCUCUGUGAGAGCUGCACCGAGCGGCGGCAGAAGCAGCUGCGCAAGAGCGGCUCCGCAGAUAAGAAGGUGGAAAAGAUUUAUACCAGCGCCAGGAAGCAGAUGCUGAUUUCUCAGCUGCCUCCUGUCAUCACGUUGCAUCUCAAACGCUUCCACCAGGCUGGGAUGAACCUACGAAAGGUGAACCGCCAUGUUGAUUUUCCUCUAGUCCUGGAUCUGGCUCCGUUCUGUUCUGCAUCCUGCAAGAACCUGGCGGCCGGUGAACGUGUCCUUUACAGUCUGUACGGGAUCGUUGAGCACAGCGGUUCGAUGCGUGGCGGACACUACACGGCUUACGUGAAAGUGCGAGUCCCUCAGAGGAGAACGGAACAGCACCACAAGAACCAGCCAGGUGCGAAGGACGCCAGCAGCAGCUCCCAGGGCCAGUGGGUUUACGUCAGUGACACCACGGUUCAGACGGUACCAGAGUCCCGGGUACUCAACUCUCAGGCAUACCUGCUCUUCUACGAGGAAAUGCUCUAAUGUGACCAGUCAAAGUGUUUUUCCCCCACAUCCAUUCGUUUCGCCGUAUUGAUUAUUGCCAAAGCCUCUUCCUCUUCCUGCGUCCGCGAGUCGGCAGAGACGAGCAAAGGGAAGCGCUUCACACUUUGCUCAUUCAUCUUACUUAAAUUGAAACUUUAAAAUAAUCUUAGAAAUAUAAAGGAUGAACAGAUUUUCGGUUUUCUGUUUAAAGUUCUGGUUUCUGUUUUGAACAUCCUACCCUUUAAGAAGAGGUCAGGAGGAGAGCGUCAUUGAACGGAUCCAUCUCGACCUCGGUCACAGGCCUGAGAUGUAAAAUGCAUGAGGGAGUUUGCCACAACUGGAAACGAGCAGAUUUAUUGCAUGUUAAAGCUGCACUCAGCAAUGAAUUGAUGUCAAUCUUGUGUGUGUGUGUGUGUGUGUGUGUUUGGAACUGCGUGUGCGUUAGUGUGCAAUUUGUGCGCACGUAGUACGAGUGAGAGACCGGCGAAUGUAGUUUAAAGGUGCCGUGUGUAGCGUUUUCACAUCUGUGAGUGGCUGCUGCUUCAGAUCUGGGCGUGCUGUGUGAAAACAGCUGAAGCCCACUGACAGGAUAAUGUCACCGUGCUCAACAGAUAGUGUGCAAAGUAUUCAGCUCAAAAAUGAUAUUUCUCUGAUAUCCCGACACUUAAGUACAAAACAGUUAUAAUACUCGUAUCAUUAGAAACUAGUAGAAUUUCUAAAGAGUACAACUCCUCUGCAAUUAUGAAAAAACUCUGAAGUUCUCGUACAGACGAUUCUCAAAAAACAAAAAACUAGGAUGCAAUGAAAAGUUCAUUUCUACCAUAAUUAAAAUCAAAUGUAAGCAGAUCCCCUGUCCAUUUCACAUUUACAACAGUUUACAGGGGUGGAACCAUUGUACAAGCCCUUUGGGAUUUGUUCCCUCCUUGCACCAUUAUUAUUUUUUUCUUUUCCUUAAUGUGUGCUAAACAAAAAAGACUCAACUGAAGUAUUACAAUGACAUUUUUGGGAGAUGUCAGUGCAAAGGGAGCAUCAGUGUUGGACAGAGUGGAAGCCUACAAAUAUGUACAAGAAAGCUAAUUUCACAGUAGUAUAUUUAAAAAGAAUUGAAUUGGCAAGAAAUUAAACAUUCUUCCUUUUGCAACAUUUUGUUUUUAGUGAAACUUAUUAAUCUGCUGCCACAUCUUUAAAGGUUCUGUAUAUCAACAUCUAAGCAAAUAACACGCUGAAGAUUUUGGACACUGCUUGUUUGGUACAAUCACGUUUAGGAGAAAAACAUAUAUACAUAAAGUUGUACAACUAUUAUUAAGAAUCUUUUUAAGAAAAGGACUCAAGUUCAGUGGGAGUGUGACUUCAGAUGUUGCUGUCUUGCACUAAAAAGCUGCAGCUUGUAGAGAAGCGUUGGCUCAGAGCCUCUCCGAUAAUCCUCCUCAGCCGUCACAGUCCUGAUGGGCAGCGCUGCACAUGGCACCUUUCAGGAGUAGCACAACACUUACUUUACAGCCUCCGUGGAUCGGGUUGUUUUCCUCACACCAGAAUGUAUCAGUGUCCGACUAUCAGCGAGCUGCAUUUUGCCAAAGACGAGUCCGAGCAGAGUUUACGUCAUUCAGAGUUUCUUUAGCGAGUCUUCUGUCGAGGCCAGCCGCAGAGUUCUCAAGCGUCGCCGCACAAACAAACAAGCGUAUUUGAUGUUGAUCAAUUCAACUAAAGCACCUUCUUUGCCUUCAGUGUGUUUACCAUGAAGUUGCAGAUGUCCCAUUGAGCUGUUGGAUGACAAGUCAGAGGGCUUUUUUUUUUCUCUUCUAUUCUGCGGUUGAUUAAAAGAUGAAUUGUUGAAAAAGUUAAAAGGUUUUCAGCCUGAGGAGAAGAACUUUUUUUUUUUUGCAUGGGUCAAUGUUAUGAUGAAUGUAUUGCCUCUUCCUUAAAUGUCUACAUCUAACAAGCGUUUCAUCUUUUUUUGUGCGAUCACAUUCUCGAUGAAACAGUUUUCAUUUUCUGCUUGUUGCCAAAACGGUAGAAAGAAAAGUGUUCGACAUAUGCAUCAGAUUCAAGAGGUUUAUUAUUUUCUUUUGGAAAGGAGACAAAUUCAGUGCCUCUGCUUCAGAAAUGUGUGCAUGGUGAGAAGAAAAUAUGUGCAGAGUCAAAUGUAAAGAGGAAAUGGAUGAUUAUUUAUGUACAGUAUAACUUACUGUAAGCAAAAACUAUAGUGAGUAUAUGGAAUUGUAUAUACUAGACACAAUACAAAGUCAUGGUGCUUCUGGCGUGCAGGGUUUUUUUUUGUUUUUUUUUUUUCCUUCAAAACUGUUUUUUGUUCCAGGAAAUUGACAUUUAAACUGGGUUAAUCCGAAUUUGGAAUGAGUCUAAAACAUAUUGUAUCAAAAAUAAAUCUAAUUUAUA